GUCCGGAGUGGCUGUCGACAAAGUUCUGACAGGUGGUCUUCGAGUGAGCGGUCAAGAGAUGGAGGGGGAAAGCGAGCAGAGGUACAGUAGACGCUCGUUUAUAAGCACCAAUUGACUCGUACUGCGGCUUUGCGAUUGUCUGCCCAUGUAGCCGCCAUUCCACAAGGGCGAUGCGCUGCAAAGCGCAGCAACCGUCCGUCAACGAACUUCCGUUGCAGGGCAGACCAAGGGCAAGAAUGCGCUUCGCCCGCCUUGGAUGUAGUUCCUUGUGUACAGCGUACGCUACGAUGUGGAUAUGGGCACCUUUCUCAAUCGCCACUCCAGUCAAGCGGGCGGGGAUACAGCGCAAGUCGACUCGCACUCGCUUCAUCAUGUUUGGGGCCGACGCUCCAUCCCGCCGCUCGGCUGCUGACGCGUGCAAAGUGUUGGUCUGCUCCACCCCGCCUGCUCAACGCUACGCCACGCCACGCCUACGCAAGGUACCGGAGCGAAACGUGCCGCCAUAUCGUGUGCGAGGGGGCUGGCGCGGAGGUUCUUGACCGUUGCAUGGGAUUCAGCACCUCAUUUUUGAUAGAAUGAAUGGUGAAUAUGUAUCAAGGAGCUCCAGGCGCGCGGCAGGACGCGGCCUCGACAACGACCCGUCCGCCACGGGUCGCCCAGCAGUCCCAAGCUCGAUUGAUCCUCCCUUUGGCUCAAGAAGCGGGAUUCAUAUGAGCUCCGAGUGCUUGCAAACGCCCGCAAUAUCGAGAUGAAACGAAGUCCGAUAUGAACGAUCGAGUAGCAGCGCCCAGGCGCGUAGUUUGCUUGACCCUCUCUUCGGUAGCGACCGUGAUCUAAUUUGACAGGGAUCGAGCUUCAACCUUCAGUCUCGAUACUGGACCCUGGAAAGAGGUGAGCCUUGAACACUCGGCAGCAUGACCAAGCUUUGAGUCUGGGUCGUGAGUUUUGGUGAGGCACUUGGACAGCUUGCCACGCACUGCGCGUUCUCGAGGGAGAGGGGAGCGUCUCUGCGCCUCUGAACUAUGUUUCAUGACGGACGUACUUCCUGUCUUGUACCGAAGCAAGGUCCAGUGCACGGUCCUCGCUGUCGUCCAGAGAAAGCGAAAGUUGCUUCCUGCGUUGCGGAAUCAUGCAAUGAGGAACAACGAAAUGCAGAUUUUGGUCGGGAGUCCUUGGCCGCGCUUCACUUGCCAUGCGACGCGGGCCUUGUCGUUUGUGCGUUGCCCAAAGACUCACAACACAAUCACGUUG